AUGGGUAUGGACAAAGAGACAAAUGUCGGGACCGCGAGUCCAGUCUCGGAGGAGGCAGCAGAAGUGGGCUCCCUUCGAGGCUCCAUCCGAGAGCUCAAGUCGCUGCAUGUGGACGGUCUUGACCCGGUGUUUGAGCAUCAAGCUCGACUCGUAAACCAUGCAGUCCAGACCAUUGGCAUGGGCAAGUACCAAUGGGCCCUGUUCGUCCUUUGUGGAUAUGGUUGGCUUUGCGAUCAACUCUGGCAAACUACCGUCUCAGACGCCCUUGCCCAGGUGGCCGUUGAAUUCACUCCAAAGCAUUCGGCGUUCUUGUCUCUCGCUUUGAUCGCUGGAUUGGUUGUUGGAGCAACUUUCUGGGGACUUGGAUGUGAUUUGAUUGGAAGACGACUCGCAUUCAAUCUGACCUUGCUGUUUGCUGGAGUAUUCGGCACCGCGGCGGGAGCUGCCAACAGCUUCGUGUCUUGUGCUGUUCUGGUCUCCUUUUGCGGCUUUGGUGUUGGAGGAAACUUGCCCGUCGACUCUGCCGUCUUCCUCGAAUUCCUUCCUGGUACUCACCAGUACCUCCUCGAGAUUCUGGCCGUCUGGUGGUCCAUUGGUCAAGCUAUCCCAGCAGGAGCCGCCUGGGGCUUUCUCCCCAACUUCUCGUGCAGCGCCGAUACUCCAGUCGGCCAGUGCCACAAGAAGGACAACAUGGGAUGGAGAUACUUGAUGUACACCAUGGGUGGUAUCACCCUGGCUGCCUUCUUCGCUCGAUUCGUCUUCUUCAAACUCCGUGAAAGCCCACGAUAUCUGAUCGGUCAAGGACGGUAUCAGGAGGCCAUCGACGUGCUCAACGACGUUGCCAAAUACAACGGUACCACGCAGCCCCUGACUGUGGAGGACCUGCUGCAAGUCGAGAGAGACUAUGCGAAUGUCGGACACCCUGCAGCUGUCAAGCGACCAACCUCCUGGGAACGCACCGUGGCACAGUUCCGACCCGGUGGCUUCAAACACAUUCGAGCCCUAUUCUCGACCAAGAAGGUUGCCUAUAGCACCUCGCUAAUCAUAUUGGUAUGGGGCAUGAUAGGAUUAGCUUCUCCUCUCUAUGCAAACUUUCUCCCAGAAUAUCUGGCGUUGCAUGGUGCACAGAGCGGCUCGAAUAGCAUCGGCAUCACGUACCGCAACAACUUCAUCAUCAUCGCAUGCUCGAUUCCUGGUACUCUGAUGGCAGGGUGGUUUAUCGGACUGCCAUAUAUUGGCAGAAGAGGCACGCUCGGGAUCUCGCUGAUCUUGACUUCCGUCUUCCAGUUUGCCUUUACAGCGGCGAGGACGCAAGCCUCAAUCCUUGCGUUCAACUGCAUAACCAGCUUUGUGUCGUACAUCAUGUGGGGAGCUCUGUACUGUUACACCCCGGAAGUCAUUCCCAGUGUUCAUCGAGGAACGGGCUGCGGUUUGGCGGCAGCUUUCAACCGUAUCUGUGGUCUCAUGGCACCCAUCAUCGCAACUUAUGUUGGCUACACAAACACACCCAUCUUCGUCUCGGCGAGUUUGUAUAUCGUUGCCGGGUUGAUCAGCUUUAUCUUCCCAUAUGAGACAAGCGGAAAGGCAAGUCUGUAAGCGCAAUUUGCGAUGCACUGGAG